AUGUGGCUCGACCGCAUCGCCGGCCAUUCGACACCAUCCGGACCCCAGUUUGAUAGUCGCGGCCCCUCUCCAAUUCCCCGAAGAUCCUCAUCCCGCCUUUCGCCGAAUCACCAAAACAGUCGCCCCGGACUCAGUCGACCGGGGUCAUCGCUGUCAGCUUUGGUUUCCCCGAACGCUUCAUCCACCUCGUUACCGACGAUACGUGGCACGGACGGCCCUGAGACUAGACAGAAUGAUGCCGCAAGGACACGCCCAACAAACGUCGCUGAUCCGCUGGAAGUCUUGAACGGAAUUAUUCGGAGGCGCAAUGGCGAAACCAAGACUGAAGCCGUUCGGGGAUCAGCUCCAGCAGCCAAACCAGACAAGUUGGUGGAAGACAUUGACUUCGGAGAGUUAAGCCUGGAGGAGUUUGCGCAAAAAAUUGAAAAACCCGCCAAAUCUGGGGCUAGUGAUAUCGGCGUCCAAACAAUCCAGCAGUUCGAGAAGGAGAGGGACAAGUUUCAGGACCUACACUCUGCGAUCUCUGGUUGCGAUGAUGUAUCAAAGUCGGUGGAGCUGUACCUGAAUGACUUCCAGAAUGAACUAGGGGCGGUAUCUGCGGAGAUUGAGACGUUGCAGACUCGAUCCGUGCAGCUCAAUGCCAUGCUUGAGAACCGCAGGAACGUCGAACAACUGCUAGGGCCCGCUGUGGAGGAGAUUAGUAUUUCUCCAGCUGCAGUUCGAAUGAUCGUCGAGGGGCCUAUUGACGAGAACUGGGUCAGGGCACUGAACGAUAUCGAAUCGCGUACAGCGAGCAUUGAGUCGAAGAUUGCCAGCUCUAGCUCUACUAAGGCUAUUGACGACGUGCGGCCGCUAUUGGAAGAUAUAAAGAAGAAGGUUAGUUUGGCGAUGGCUGUUCUGAUACGGAUACUAAUUCGGGUCAGGCCAUUGAAAGAAUUCGAGAUUACUUGGUUUCGCAGGUGCGGGCAUUGCGAUCGCCCAAUAUCAACGCCCAAAUCAUUCAGCAACAGCGCCUGGUUCGUUACAAGGACCUGUAUAGCUACAUCUCAAGAGCCCAUCCAGCGCUGGCUGGGGAAAUCACCCAAGCGUAUAUCAACACGAUGCGUUGGUACUAUCACUCACACUUUAGCCGCUACCUUCAAGCGGUGGGAAAGAUCAAGAUCUACCCUAGUGACAGAAAUGAAAUUCUAG